AUGCCCCACCUGUCAUGUCUGUCACAGAGGCGCUAUGAAUGCUUUGACUUCCCCGGCUGUCGUUCCAGCUUCCCCACAAGUGUCCCAAGCCACACAGUACUUAGAGGAGAUGACACCAAGCUGUUUUCCUCUGGAGUUCGCCAGCCGCUUGUCUCUGAGGUCUGGACUGUUGCACAGCAGCGUGGCCCUUUGCACCUGCUGGGUUCUCGUCACCUCGUGAUGGAUCUGUCUGUCAGCAGGGUGGACCAGUUGAGUGCCCACAGAUUGGCAGCUGUGCGUUCUGUUGACCCUAGUCAGCUUAGAAGUGCCAACAGUGACGUUUUAAAGAAGCUGGAAGCACAGCCGCUUGAUGUCCCGAUGGCGAGUAAUGAAGAGGCACUGCAGCACUCGAGAGGGAGAGCCAGUGAAAUUGGAGGCACCCCGCAAUCUCGCCAAACGUGCAUAGAGGUGCAAAGCUGGGCACAGACCUCAACAAGUUCCGUGUCUUUGCAUUCACGGACAACCAGCUUAAAAAUCGCCAGGAGGUGCACGCUGGGGAGCCGGCGCGCGGGGCCUUGGGGAUGCUUCAGGCUCCUCCGUGGCCAGCGGGGUCCGAGCCGCCCGCUCUCGGCAGCGGGGCUCGAGGCGAGGCUCCGCCCACCCGCAAGCCACACCCACCCGCGGGUCUCGCCGGCGCAGUCGCGUGAGCAUGCGCACCAGGCCGUCGGCGCUCGGGGGCGCCUCACCAACCGCGGAGGUUCAGCGUCUCCGCUCCUCCAGCGCAGGCUGAGAACCGCGGAGAGACCCAGGCUCGCAUCACGUGACGGACCUGAGCCGGGAGGCCCGACUGCCGCUCGCCCAGGCCCUGUCCCGCCCGAGAUCGUGCCCUCCUGGAAACGGGCUGCUCCCGAACCACGCGGCCCGCCCUUUCAGUGUUACAGAGCGAAGGGGGCUCUACCGAUUGCCAAGGCCCAGCAUGACCCGGCAGCUAAGACUGCGCCCGCGUUCCCACACAAGGAAGCCGCGCGUGGGUACCCGAGAACAAGGUGGAGUCCUAGAGGGGAGAAAGAGAGCCACAGGCUGGGCGGAAAGGAGACCUCUGAAACAAAAUGCUUCAGACUUAAGACAAAUGAGGAGCCGGUAAAGCCCCCUUGCACAGAUGAAAAUGAAGGGGAAGAUUGUUUAGCUGCUAACGCGGAGAUGAACAAGCCCGAAGAUCAAGACAAGGCCCUAAUGCACUAUGGAAACAACAUGCCGGUGAGGCCUGGCAUUCUCGUACAGAGACAGAGUAAGGACGUGGUGGCCACUCUCUUAAGAGACAACACCAGGGCAGAAGAGAACAAAGAUAAGUGGACAACAGAGCCUGAAAAUACUAGACCAACCACCCAUGAGGGUGAGCUUGAUGAGAAAACACCCCCCCAUUUCCACAGAACUACUUCUGCUGCUGACCAGAAAAGACCUUUAAAAGGAGUGACGUUUUCUAAGGAGGUAAUUGUUGUGGACCUUGGAAAUGAAUACGCCGUGCCUCGAACCUACGCUAGGGAACACAAAGAGAGGAAAAGAAGGGCAGUGAGAGAAACAGAACCUUUGACCAGCAAUCACUGACUGAGGGCACCGGGCCACGUCAAGGCAGCAGAAGGAUGGGGAAUGAGCAAACGCAAGAUGGUGUUUUACCUUUGUGUGGAAAGAAGUGAACUGUGCAAAAUUCACACUGAGCUCGAAUAUAGUUUUUAAAAAGCAAAUUGAGUUUGGUAAGUUGACUAUAAUAAAUGUCCUUAAAAGCCUAUUUAGUACAGCAGUGAACGCCAUGUUUGUGCGAGUGUUUUAGGAAGGCCUCACUUUGGAUUCCUUGAUCUCGGGCAUUCACGAUCAGACCAGUCCGCAGCUGCCUUCACAGGAACCCUGAUAACUGUGCCUGGGCCUCUGGAUAUUGCAAAUAAUCCAGAGUUGUCCGUGUACUCACCAUCGCUUUAUAAGACUGGCUCAGAAAACAAACUACUACCAACAAAACAUACUGCCACGUUUGGCGCACUGGCAUUAAACCAUUCUUGAUUUCUGUCAUUUAAAUUUACUGACAAAGGCAGGCGCAGUGCCACAGCCCUGUAGUGUCGGCUACGUGGGAGCCUGAGAGCAGCCGGGGCAACACGACAAGACGUCAUGGCUAAGACGUGGAAAUCUGCUGUCCCAGUGUGGGCCGGAGCGGCCCACGCCAGAGUGCCGCCUUCGGAGCUGGAUGCGUCGGGGGACAGAAGCUCCAGGGGUUCCUACGAGGAGGAGGAGGCGGCGGUGACGGGCGGGCUGCUAAACAAGGUGCGUCACUCGUUCCAGGCGGCUUCUGAACGGCACGCAACGCCCGGAGAUAAAAGACAGGCCUGUCUGCGUGGAAGGCCUGCUGCUCAGGGCUGAGGGCGCCUGUCGGCGGAGCGGAGGGCGGCUCCCCGCACUGAGCAGCUAGGCCGCUGUGAGGGCCCAAGGGAGCUAGAAGCGCCGCGGCAGGGUGCCUGAAACGGCCAGGGCUGGGAGGAGAAGGGCGCAGAAAUAUUCAGGCUCUGUGUUCCCAACAAGCAUCUUUAACAUUUUACCCGAAACUGACACUGACGUUUUGACGUGCUAUUGUGAAGCACACGUAGCCUUGUUGAGUGGUGGCAAAUUCACCGCACUGUUGUGUAAUCUCCCUCACCGUCACUGGCAGAAAUCAUCUGGAACACUUCACCUCCGUGCUAACUCGCAGGCCCCACUCCCCAGGCCCUGCCAGGACUUUGUCCCUGUGAAUCUGAAGGCUUCCCACGCCCUGAGCAAGCACAGUGCACUUGUGUUUCCUUUCCUGGCUGGCCUGCGGUCGCUUAGCACGGUGUCCCCACAGCGGAGUUGGGGGUCGCCACCUUCGUCCCUGGGAAGCUGGAAGACACUGCAUUUGCCACGCCCCAUUCUGAGCCCGCCCUCCGUCUGUUGACGGACAGUUGUGUUGCUUCCGUCUUGGGACUAUUGCAGCUGUGUUGUCUUGAACAUUCCUCUCUAGGGAGAGUUCAGACUUACCCACCUAUAUUGCUGUGUGUUCCGGUGUGAGUUUGUAAUUUCAAUUUCUGCACCCACCUCUGAAUUUAUGGAACCAAUUUACUUCAUCCUAAAUGAGUAAGAAUAGAGGUGAAACUAAAACCUAAACAGUAUGUCUGCGUCCGAGUAUUUCCCGUACUAGUCAAGGCUUGGCGAGAUCUCCAUCGGCAGCCGUCGUGGCCCAGACACACGGCUUCCGGAAGGCCCCCGCCCCGGGACUGUCAGGUCAACAGCAGUGUGCUCAACAACAUAUGGCACUUGCUAUUUGAGUUUCACUGGGUCUGUGCUGCUGUUUGCCGUUUUCUCAGUUUUAUUUUUAUUUUGGAGUCAAAUGAAGGCUCUUAAUAGUCAAUACCCAGGUUUACAUCUCUAUAUGUUUAAGUAGAGCAGUGAUAAAGGUUUAAGGCGAUCCUGGGGCCGCUGAUCCAUGGAUCCCCUCCUGCACGGUUAGGGCAUGAAGAGCAGGGGAGGUUGCUCGGCUGUCAGGUCAGGGGAGAGAGGUGCAGAUCGGUGCCAGGCGGUGACAGUGUAACGAGACUGAGGUGUGGCGACUCAGAGGGGGUCUCCAGGGUGUUACCUGAGUUUGCAGACGUGAGAGACUGCCAAACGGGAAUCCUAGAAGAAAGAUGAGUGAGUGGUUAAAAAGAUAUGAAUGGAUUUCAGCUCUGCUUGCAAUUGUAAUUUGGCAAGAGGUUCAACGAAAGAUGCCAAAUGAUGUUUGGGUACAGCGGUGUGUGCCUACAACAGGGCUGGGCAGGAGGAAUUACAUAAUGGCGUCCCAUCUCAAUCAAAAUCAAAAUCAAAAUCAGAUGGCUACUGACAAACUAAACAUAAAACUCAGCGCCCCGGGUGUGGUGCUGCACUCCGGAGGCGGGAGCCUGGUCUCCCUAGUGAGGCUCUGUUCAGGCUACAGAGGCUGCGUAACGAAACCCGGCUGUCUUGGCUGCUUUUCUGUUGUGGUAGAACACUCUGCCCGUGGCAGCUUAUGAAAGAGCUUACGUGUGGCUCACACCCCAGUGUGAGUCCAUAACGUCACAUGGACAUUAAAAAAAUAAACAAUCUUUCAU